AUGAAAAGGCCUCAUCUCUCUCAGUUGUCUCUCGUCACGGUUCUGGGGCUUGGUCCCGGCCAGUCCUUCGCCGCUCUCUACGAUACUCCGAUCAAGACCGAAUAUGGCACUGUCCAGGGGUUCAAAUAUUUCAACAGCUCCACCACUGAGAAAUACUUUGGCUUGCCAGACAGUGAUGUUGCUGCCUUCUUAGGCGUCCCCUAUGCAGCCGAUACCAGUUACCAGAAUCGUUGGAAGCCUGCACAGCCUCGCGAGCCAUGGAACGGAACUCUCAUGGCAACUGAGUUUGGCCCCUCUUGCCCUAUCUCGUUGCAACCUUCGAUGGGCUACGCCAUUAGCGAGGACUGUCUGCGUGUAAACAUCUGGACUCCGGCUACUUCGUCUAACGCCUCGCUUCCGGUAUUCGUCUGGAACUACGGCAGUUGGCAGACCAGCACGGACCCUCUUUACGAUGGCGGCGGUCUAGCAACAAAAGAUGUAGUGGUUGUAACCUACAACUACCGCGACGCUGCGUUUGGUUUCCUGGCUCAUCCUGAUCUCAACGCCGAAGCUGGUCGCAAUUCGUCCGGAAACUACGGAAUCCUUGAUUUCUUCACCGCUCUGGAGUGGGUUCAAAGGAACAUUGCAAACUUUGGUGGGGAUCCAAACCGAGUGACGAUUGCCGGGCAGUCAUUCGGAUCUGCUCAAGUUUACCAUGCCGUUAACAGUCCCCUGGCGAAAGGCCUCUUCCACGGCAUGAUUGCGGAAAGCGGAAUUCGGGAUCCAUUCGAUCCGCUCCUUGCCGGCCUUGCUGAUUCUUAUCGGAGCACGGAAUUUAAUCUGAAGACUGGUAUCAACUACACGACCUCCCACAACGUCAGUACGAUUGCCGAGCUGCGGACUCUUAGCAUGGAAGAGCUUCUGGUCGGGAGUGAAGACAGAGAUUCCUCAGUCAGUAACUUGACCGCUCUCUGGACCAACAACCCUCCACUUUUCAAACCGACCCUGGAUGGCUAUGUUCUACCUGAGAAGUACAUCGACUCCCUUCUCAACGGUCCGGCGAACGACGUUCCAAUGAUUACUGGUAACAACAAGGACGAAAGCGGAGCAUCCACCAGCACGAACUACACGGUGGCGGAAUAUGAACAGUACAACACUCAGUGGUACGGCAACCUCUCGACCGAGUUCUUCAAGUUGUACCCUGUCAGCAAUGCGACUCAGGCCGACGCCAUGUGGAACGAAGCUGCUAAGGAUCUUUCUCUCGUCUCCUCCUACCGCUUCGCGAAUGGUUGGGUCAAGUCAGCGAGCAGUGCGUUCUACACUUACUACUGGGACUACGCCCCACCUGGCCAAUCUCAGGGCGCCUAUCACAUGGCCGAGAUUAACUACGCGUUGAAUAAUCUCUACAAUACAGACAAGCCUUGGACUUCGUAUGACUUUUACCUGGCUGACGUCACUUCCUCGUAUUGGGCCAAUUUCAUCAAAACCGGGGACCCGAACAAGGGUGGAUCCUACAAGAAUGGAUCACUUGCAGUGUGGAAUCCCAAUGAGGAAGGGAACGCAACAGUCAUGCAUCUGGGCACAGGCUUCGGUGAGGUCUCGGUUGCGUCAGCGGAGAAGUUGGAUCUCCUGUCAAGGUGGCUGGAUACACAUGUCCCAUACUAG